AUGGCGCGCCUCUCCCACCACCACCACCGCGGCAGCACCGCCACCCCGAGCCCCAGCGCCUGCGCCACCGCGACCCAGAACCACAAGCAGCAAGCCGUCAAGGCCAGCAACCUCAUCUCGCCCCAGCAGGCACAGCAGGCCGCCCAGCUGCGCCGCAGCCUGGUGGCAGCGAUGCUCAAGGACAUCGGCAUGCGCCAGCAGAAGCAACCACAGCUCGUCACCCAGACGACGCCCGCACCGCCGAAGAAGGCGUCUCCCGGGCCGCAGCCGUGCGGCGCCCCCGCCGUCGCGAUCCAGCAGCGGCUGCGCAGCCGGCGCCGCGACGCCCUGGCGCCCGACUUCGACGUGCGCGAGACGGAGAGCGCCUUCUACCUCGAGGGCGAGCUGCCCGGCGUCGCCGACCGCGGCGCCGUGCGCCUCGACUGGACCGACCGCCGCACCCUGUCCAUUGACGCCAAGAUCGAGAAGGUCGACCUCGAGAUGGAAUGGGGGCUGCUGCGCCCCAUCCGCGUGGGCAACAACAACAGCAAGCCCGCCGCCCGCCGGCCGAGCACGUCGGCGUCGUCGACGAGCAUGGGCGCGAGCGUGAGCAGCACCUGCAGCAGCGGCAGCGGCAGCGGCAGCAGCAGCAGCUGUGAGGACAACAUGGUCGUGGACGAGCAGCAGCAGCAGCAGCAACAAAGGGACGGAUCAGACGUCAACAUGGCGGCACCGGCACCGGCACCGGCGCCGGCGGCGCCACCAUCGCUCGAGGCGCAGCCGUCGAAGCCGCUCGUGCGCGAGUGGCUGAGCGAGCGCCGCGUCGGCCACUACCAGCGCACCUUCACCUUCCCGACCGACGUCGACGCGUCGGCCAUCCGCGCCCGCCUCGGCCAGGGCUUGCUGCGCGUGCUGGUGCCCAAGGUCGUCCGGGCCGGCUCUCGCUCCAAGCAGGUCGACAUUGAGGAUUGCGAGGAGUGA